CCAUGCCGCGCCGCCUCUGAGCUCCGGCCCCGCCGCGCCCGCCCCGUCGAAGUUUGGGGAAGGUGCCGGUGCGGGGAGGGCUGUGCAGGGGUGGGGGGGGAAGGAGCGGCGCGGCUCAUGCCCGCCCCGGAGCCCGGCGCUCGGCGCGACCAGGUCCUGCUAGCGAGUCAUGAUGGUUGAAUCUGCCUCGGAGACGAUCCGCUCCACGCCCUCGGCGCAGAACGGGGUGAGCAGCCUCAGCAAUCAGCCCGAUGGCGGCGGCGGCAGCGGGGGCGGCCCCGGGGGCGGCGGCCGCGACGGAGCCGCCGGAGCCGAGGCCAACGGAGAGAUGAGCCCUGUGGAGCUCCUGCACUUCCAGCAGCAGCAGGCUCUCCAGGUGGCUCGGCAGUUCCUGCUGCAGCAGGCCACGGGGCUCAGCUCCCCCAGCAGCAACGAGGGCAAGCAGCCAGCGGUGCAGGUCCCCGUGUCCGUGGCCAUGAUGUCCCCGCAGAUGAUCACGCCACAGCAGAUGCAGCAGAUCCUCUCCCCGCCCCAGCUCCAGGCCCUCCUGCAGCAGCAGCAGGCGAUAAUGCUGCAACAGCUGCAGGAAUACUACAAGAAGCAGCAGGAGCAGCUUCACCUGCAGCUGUUGACCCAGCAGCAAGCCGGAAAGCAGCAACCCAAAGAGCCGUUGGGGAACAAGCAGCUGGCCUUCCAGCAGCAGCUCCUGCAGAUGCAGCAGCUCCAGCAGCAGCACCUGUUAAACCUGCAGCGCCAGGGCCUGGUGAGCCUCCCGCCGGGGCAGGGCACCGUGCCCCUGCAGACCCUGGCUGUUUGCCCCUCGGACCUCCAGCAGCUCUGGAAGGAGGUCACGGCCGCCCAACCCGUCGAGGACAGCAUUAAGCAGGAAGGUCUUGACCUCACCACCAACACCUCCAACUCUACCUCGUUUUCGGCCGCCAAGGUCUCGCCUCCCAUUUCCCAUCACCCUCUGCCCAAUGGACAGAGCACCAUGCACACGCCGAGAAGGGACAGCUCUUCCCACGAAGAGACCCCCGGCUCCCACCCGCUCUACGGCCACGGAGAGUGCAAGUGGCCUGGCUGCGAAACCCUCUGUGAGGACUUGGGGCAGUUUGUCAAACACCUCAACACAGAACAUGCACUUGAUGACCGAAGCACGGCCCAGUGUCGAGUCCAGAUGCAAGUGGUACAGCAGCUGAGAUACAGGUGGCUGGCCAAGGAGAGCGAGCGUCUCCAGGCAAUGAUGGCCCAUCUUCACAUGAGACCUUCAGAGCCAAAGCCUUUCAGCCAGCCUGUAAGCCUGAACCUGGUCUCCAGCGCCACCCUCUCCAAGAGCACUUCCGACACAUUUCCCGACGGUUUACCUCAUCCCCCCACCUCGGCCACGGCGCCCAUCACCCCCCUGCGGCAGGGCCCCUCCGUCAUCAGCUCUUCCACUUUACACAACGUGGGGCCCAUCCGCAGGAGGAACUCGGAGAAGUUCUGCACCCCAAUCUCUUCAGAGCUUGCACAGAAUCACGAGUUUUACAAAAACGCCGACGUCCGGCCGCCCUUCACGUACGCCUCGCUCAUCCGGCAGGCCAUCCUGGAGACCCCCGACAGGCAGCUAACGUUGAAUGAAAUCUAUAACUGGUUCACGCGGAUGUUCGCCUACUUCCGGAGGAACACAGCCACCUGGAAGAACGCCGUCCGCCACAACCUGAGCCUGCACAAGUGCUUCGUGCGCGUGGAGAACGUCAAGGGAGCCGUGUGGACCGUGGAUGAGCACGAAUACCAAAAGCGAAGGCCACCAAAGAUGACAGGGAGUCCGACCUUAGUCAAAAAUAUGAUUUCAGGACUCGGUUACGGAGCACUUAAUGCAAGUUACCAGGCUGCACUGGCGGAGAGCAGCUUCCCCCUGCUCAACAGCCCCACCAUGAUCAACACCAGCUCGGCCAGUGCCAUGCUGCACGUGGGCCACGACGACGUCAGCAGCACCGUGGAGCAGGUCAACAGCAACGGCAGCAACAGCCCCCGCCUGUCCCCACAGCAGUACAGCCACCCCGUGCACGUGAAGGAGGAGCCAGCCGAGGCGGAGGACGACAGCAGGCCCGUGUCGCUGAUGGCCACCACCAACCAGAAUGUGACGAUCCCCGACGACAGGGACCUGGAGGAGGAGCUGCCGGUGGAAGACUUGUCCUAAGGACUCCUUCCUCCCUCCCCCACCGAGGGGCAAACCCUUCCCACCCCUCCCAGAUGGAGACCAAGUGACGCUCCCACCUCCCCCAAGGUGACCUUGGCGUUACCCUGUUCUUUCAAGGCACUUCCACAAAGCAAAAGGGUUUCCUUGGGACAACAACGACGACGACAACGACACCGACCUGUUGCUGCUGGCGUGUCCCUCACGCUGCCACUGCCCGGGGACGGAGCGGCCCCGCCACGACACGAGAAGCAAAACCCCACGAGCUGGACUUUUCCUCCCCUCCUGCCCUGGUUAGUGACUGGUGAACGAGGAUGGUAGGUUGUUCCUGUCCGAAAUGGUCCCUCCUUCCUUCCCGCAGGGAAGGCACCUCCGUCCCCUCUUCCCCCACGGUGGCCCGAGCCCCGGGGAGCGCUGGCAGGACCCCGCUGUCACCUCUGCGUGCCCUGGUGGGUUUUGCACUAAGGAGGGAUCGUGGACCCUGCCCACGUGCUGCCUCCACCCAGCUUUGGGGGAAGGAAACAGCAGAAAUGGGGCUGAAUCCUCUGCUGGAUGUCAGGCUUGUCACGGAGCUGGGGAAGGACACGAAGCAGCGCGGCGGGUGGGACGGUGUCCCCUUGUCACCUCUGGCAAGCAGAGCGGCCUCCCAGCUUGCCCAGCCUCCCUGACCCCAGCUGGUGAGGGGCUGCUGGCCCCAGCAAUGCUGACCAUCCAUCCCCAGAGUGCUGACCAUCCAUCCCCAGCAGCGCUGGCAGUGAGGACGCAGCUCCCUCCUUCCUGCUGGACGUCGGCCGCAGCGGUGCCACCUCCCAGCCAGCUGGGAUGGCCACUGGUCCCAUUUCACUUCAGGAAAAGGCUCCCUGUGCCUCCCAUUCCACCCCAAAAGCCGGGGCAGGGUCUUGGUGGGGCAGAGGGGGCAACAUUCCCACGGCCAAGCACCUGCAGGGGACCUGGGGGUCAUCAAAGCUGGCCCUGGAGGGGUCCCCCAUGAUGGCCAAACCUGGCCGUUGCCCCCAGGCCGAGCCUGCUGCUGCUGCUGCUGCUUGCUGCCUGCCUGGUGGGGGAGGAAUUCUGCUUUUCAUCUUUUCUUUUCCUCAUCCUUUUGUUUGCGUCCAGAUGGGAAGAUACCAAAAGAUUUCUAGAGACAGAAGGGCCGUAGUUCAGGUGAACAGAUGGUAUUCAUGCCAAAAAAAAAAGAGAAAAAAAAUAUU